AUGGAUAUUCCCUUGAAAUCAAAACCAAAGGUAUCUACAGUGAACCUUCUUGCAGACUCCAAAUUUGAAAUUGGAUCCACCACAAAUUCAUUAUCGUCAGCCUCGUUGGAUAUAGAUAAAAAGGAUUCUGAUGAACCAUCUCAGUUGAAUCCUGAUUAUCUAAAAAUUAGACACAGUUCAAAGAAUCAGCAACAACUAGAAGGGUUUCCUCCAAAUUAUACAUUUUCUCGACGAUAUUCAGAAACAGAGAAGAACAAUUUUGACCCAGACACUGGACAUAGGAUAUUUGCUGAUGGUAAAAUUCGACCACAUCAAAUCAAACAUGAACACUUGGGUGCACGAAAUACAUUUACAAAUAUCAACAACUUUAAUAAUUCCGGUGAUGUUGGUAGAAACAAUGUCACCAACCGCGGCACAAAUAGCAUUAAUGACAAUAACGACAACAACAAUCAGUUACAUGCAAGAUCUCACGACAGCAAUAUAGGCUAUAAAGAUGAAACGGGAUAUGAAGAGUUUAUACCCGGAUUAGAUUUCUCGAGUCUUGUUUCCAAGUGGAACAGCAAUUCCAAUUCCAAUUUGGAUUUGACACGAAACACUACGAAUGUGAGUUUGUAUACCACACAUUCAAAUACACCAAGAAGCCGAGAUGGAUCGUACCUUGAUUUAAAUCUAUUGCAUUCCAAAGUGGCUCCACAACCUAUCAAGACUUCAACUGAUCAACAAAGAAAUUUAUCUUACUCCAAAUUGCAUGAAUUUAUGAAAACUAAACAACAAAGAAAUGCUUAUAACAAUAAAAAUAAUGAUAUCGAGGAUAAUGAUAUAGUACUGUUAACGAAGGAUGAUUUUUCUAGAUCAUCAUCUGGAUUAGGUUCAAGUCCUAGUUCUGCUAAGCGUGAAACAUCUGCUGGUGCAAUGGCAGAAAGUUCGAAAGCAAGAAAGAAACAAAAAUCAGCUAUAGACCCUGCUACUGGUGAGAUCAAUUACGAACUAAUCAUCAAUAGUUUGCCACCCAAUUUCAAUGAUAUGCCAUACUCUCAACGCAAGAAAUUGGUGAAAUCGUUUUCUGAAUCAAUUGAUUAUUCGCAAUUUUCAUUGUUUGCUAAAAACUAUCUUGGUUCCUCAGUGGGCUCGGCUAAGACUUUGAAAGGGAGUAGUAGUGGUACUGGUAUUGCAUCUGCCAGUAGUAGUUUAUCUCGCCGAAAUCGUGUGGGGAGUCUCAACACACUUGCUGGAAGACUAUUGGCAAGGACUUCAACCUCUGACUUUAAAAAACUCCAGGAAGCAAUGAAACCAAAAUACAAUGUUGAUGAAAAAGGCGCCAUAGUUUUGGGCCAUGAGUUGGGUAAAGUUAUUGGGUUUGGUGCUUGGGGAACUAUUAGGGAAUGUACCGACCAAGAAGAUGGAAUCGUAAGAGCUAUUAAGAUUGUAAAAUCAACUCGUGAUUUUGAUGGAGGGUCUGGUAAUGGGAACCAUUCUAGUGGCAAUUUGAAUUCCAAAACAGAUUUAAAUGCUUCCAUGAAGAGCAAAAACCCUCGAGUUUUAGAGGUUUUCAAAAAAGAAAUUCAAAUUUGGAAGCAGUUGCACCAUGAUAAUAUAUUACCACUAAUUGAUUAUUAUGAAACUGAAGACGCAAUUUUUUGUAUCAUGAACAGAAUAAAUGGAGGUACUUUAUUUGAGGUUGUUGAUUCCUGGGGACAAUUCAAUGCUAGGGUUAAUGUCAUGUGUGGACCUUUGGAAUACCUGUUUGAAGAGCAACGCCAAAGACUUUUAAAAGUGAUUGAGUGUGCUCGUCAAAUAGUCCAAGCAUUGCUUUAUAUGCACGAAGAAAAGGGUAUAGUACAUGGAGAUCUUAAAUUGGAGAACGUUUUAGUGGAAAGAGAAAAGGGUCAUUGUAAAAUGAUUUUAUGUGAUUUUGGAAUGUCGAGAGUUUAUAGUUCAAGGAUUAGUCGCAAAUCAUCGAAAAGACACAUUCAUUAUAAGGGCAACAGCAAAUUAUCUAUUGAUGGUGAUCUUGAAGAUACACUCAUGAUGAGAAGUAGAUCUUCCAAUAUUGAAUUUAGGAAACCGUAUUUUGGCGGCGAUUCACCAAAUACUCGCAAAUUAGAGUUUGAUAUAAGAGAUGACUCACGGGUUGGACUAGCCAAUUUUUUCCGAGCUCAUGGUCCUUCAAUGCAAUCGAUCCAUUUAACUCCAGUUGUUUCAGAAAACGGGCAUUCCCCUUCUGAUGGUUAUUUUGAUCUCACAAACAAAAAUGAUAACUUUGACAAUAGUAAACCGAUUUUUUCAAGAUAUCAACAACUGCAUAACGACGGUAAAGAAGAGAAUGGACUAGAUUCAGGUUUGCCCCAUUCUCAUAUUGGGUCCUUACCUUAUGCGUCGCCCGAAAUUUUGCAACCUUCGCCACCACCUUUGGGUCCUAGUGCUGACGUAUGGGCGUUUGGUGUAUUGAUUUAUGCUAUGAUUGUUGGCAGAUUACCGUUCCAACAUCACUAUGAACCCAGAUUGAGAGCAAUAAUAGCAUCAGGAAAAUUCAAUAAAUUGGAUUUACGCAAGGCUUGUUUAUUAGAGUGGGUAUUGAAAGAAGAUACUAAACAGAAGCACCAAAAUCAACAGCAACAAAAUUGUAACUCGGCUGAUAAUAGCAGUUCUAGUUGGACUAAUGAGCUUCUUAAUUCAAAUUCAUUAAUUGAUAUGAAUAGACAAAAUGAUUUAAUAAAAUUAGAGGAUGAAUGGAGCAAAUAUAAAGACAAAAGAGAAUUUGAGUGGUUAUAUGACAUUGUAAUUGGUUGUUUGGAACCAGAUAUAACGAAGAGAUGGGAUAUGGAAAUGAUUAAUGACCAAAUUUGUACAUUUAGUAGUAUAUAG